AUGGCCAUUAAGUACGACACGUCGCCAUGGCCCAUCAAGGAUAUAAUUUACACAUCCAUUGUCGGUACAGUAUUGGCAGCGGCCUUCCUAGAAUGGUUUUUGUGGCUCGCUGCCUUUAUCUACUGCCUCAUCAAGGUCUAUCAAAAAGCUGAACACUGGUGUGUAAACUUGUUAUCCGUUCCCGAGUAUAACUUGCCAAUGCUGAUAGUCUCUAGAUUAAUAUUUCUCCCGAUCAUGAUCACUACUUUACCCUUACCGUCCCAUAUUACACAGUACUUUCCGGUGGACUUAGUUUCAUUUUUACAAUGGUUCGGAUUUUGGUCAUUCGCAGCUCUGCUCACUAUCCCAUGGCUAUUCUGUGUUUACCAGCUUGUUACCCACCACUUAGGUCGGACUAAGCGAAUUAAGGAAGUUCUUGAUGAGCAUUCUGCUCCCAAGGUCGUCAUAGUAAUGCCUUGUUACAAAGAAGAACCGGACGUCUUGGUAACGGCCAUAAAUUCGGUUGUUGAUUGCGACUACCCCCCGUCAUGUAUCCACGUUUUUCUGUCAUUCGAUGGUGACCAAGAAGACGAACUUUAUUUAAAUACUAUCGAAAAGCUCGGCGUCCCGCUAUCGCUCGAUUCUUACCCCAAAAGUAUAGAUGUAACAUAUCGAUCAGCGCGAAUAACGGUAUCUCGAUUUCCUCACGGAGGUAAACGUCAAUGUCAGAAAGCUACUUUCAAGUUGAUAGACCGCGUCUACACAGAGUAUCUGAAGCGUAAUGAUAACUUAUUUAUUCUCUUUAUCGAUUCGGAUUGCAUCUUAGAUCGUGUCUGUCUUCAGAAUUUUGUCUACGAUAUGGAGCUCAGCCCCGGUAAUAGCAGAGAUAUGCUUGCCAUGACUGGUGUCAUCACCUCGACCACAAAAAAACACAGUCUCAUAACACUCCUUCAGGAUAUGGAGUAUGUUCACGGCCAACUUUUUGAGCGUACCGUGGAGUCGGGCUGCGGGGCGGUCACUUGUCUACCAGGAGCAUUGACGAUGCUUCGGUUUUCUGCAUUCCGAAGAAUGGCAAAGUACUACUUUGCUGAUAAAGCUGAACAAUGCGAAGAUCUUUUUGACUAUGGUAAAUGUCAUCUCGGCGAAGAUAGAUGGCUUACGCAUCUUUUCAUGAUCGGUGCCAAGAAAAGGUAUCAAAUACAAAUGUGCACUUCUGCCUUUUGCAAAACAGAAGCCGUACAAACGUACAGAACGCUGGUUAAGCAGAGACGAAGAUGGUUUCUAGGAUUCAUAACGAACGAGGUUUGCAUGUUAACAGAUGUUCGGAUCUGGAAACGGUAUCCCAUUCUAGCUCUAGUGCGAUUCAUGCAAAAUACUAUUCGAACAACAGCGCUACUUUUUUUCAUCAUGCUUGUUGCGAUCAUCAGUACUUCAAUGCGAGUAGAUGAUUUACCUGUAGGAUUUAUCGGAAUCUCACUAGGUCUCAAUUGGCUGAUGAUGAUUUAUUUUGGCUUUAAACUCAAGAGGUAUAAGGUAUGGCUCUACCCACUGAUGUUUCUUAUAAAUCCCUUCUUCAACUACUGGUACAUGGUAUAUGGUAUCUUUACAAGUGGUCAACGAACAUGGGGAGGUCCUAGAGCAGAUGCCGGCCAGGCUGACGCCCAUACUACACCCCAACAAGCCAUCGCAAAAGCUGAAGCGACUGGAGACGACUUGAACGUGGUACCGGAAACCUUUAAACAGGCCACUGAAGGCCAAAAACAAGCCGCUCGCACUGGAAUACAUUUACAACCUCCAGAAAGGAUUGAAGGUAGAUUCGCUGCGCCAGAGCUUUUGCCCGGUGGAUGGUAUGAACAGAGAAAUGAUUCAGUGGUAAGCUCAUCGCCUGCGGGUAUGUUGGGUGUUACCCGACCACCCAACAAACAUAGAGAUUCUUUCGAAAGUAGCUUCUCCGCCGGAACCACUACCUCUGUUUAUCUACCUCGUCGUGUAGAAAGUAUAAUGGGAGAAGAAGAUAGAAAAAAGUAUGCAAUUGCCCAGGCAAGCCAAAUCAGAACAAAUCCAAACCCAAUCGGGUCAUAUUUCCCUCAUGGACAAGUAUAUGAAGUAUCAGAAGCCGAGAUCGGUAAGGGAGCAUUCAGAGACUCGGUUGAAUCUCUUCAAUCUGAUCCUCAUGGCUACUACCGAUCACAAUCAGCCAAUAGUACUAGGUCUAUGGAUCAGUUUACUGAGAUAAAUGAAGACGUCACGCCAUCUGUUAACCCUCCAAGUUUAUCUAUACCACUGCCAACAGCAUCCAGCAAAAACAGAAGAGUUGGGGGUAGAAGUCCUCUCGCCCGUCAAAGCUUAGUCCGGACUGUGAACGACGAAGCAGAUAUUGAGCUUGAGAGCCACACCGAAAACUGGAGUGCAAAAUCUCCAAGCACGACAGGAAAUUCGGGGAAAACGUCUCAUUCAGCAAGGUAG